UUGUUGUUGCACCACAGCUGCUGUCAUGUGAUAGCCUGUCUGAGCAAGCUGCUGUGAUCAGUAGCUUUUUUACCUUUGUCCGGGAGUAAAUUAAAAGCAGGCAGGCGAGCAGCUUUAUGUUCGUUGCGGAAGAACCACACGGCUCUUUUGUGAAGGAGCGCAGGGAAGCCGGGGUUGUGUAGUUUGACCCCUCGGACGCAGCCAUGGGGUGCUGUUACAGUGGCGAGGACGGCAACUCCAGAGAGAAGUUUGAGGAGACUGACCCACUGAUCCCCCAUCCGAACCCUGUGAGCAAACCUCCAAAUGGGACAGAGUGGCCCACCCCCGGUGUCCCCUCUCCACCAACUGAUGGACAAGCCCUCCUUACAUCCAUCUUGACAAAGACUGCGCAGAACAUAAUUGAUGUCUCAGCAGCUGACUCUGUUGUAAUGGAGCAACAUGAGAUCAUGGACAAAGCUAGGCAGUACAGUACAAAACUGGCUAUGUUGAGCACCAGCUUGCCUCAGAAGAAAGCCCUCACUCUUCCCUCCCUAACUAGCCAGCCCCACCAAGUGCUUGCAAGUGACCUGGUGCCAUACUCAGAUGUUCAGCAGGUAUCCAAGAUAGCAGCUUACGCUUACAGUGCAAUCUCUCAAAUCAAAGUGGAUGCUAAAGAGGAACUGGUCGUCCAGUUUGCCAUUCCUUGACUGUCCCCUGCAUAUUGUUCCUCCCUCCCCACUCGCUCUGUGCCACUCCUGCUUCAUCGUACUCCAGCCCACCUUUUUUUUUAAUGUUAUUAAAGCAUUUUGGUCGUCCUGCGUUUUAGGUCUGCCACGAACUUUUGUGAAGACAGGAAGUGAAUCACCUCCCACCAGAAAAAAAACAACUGUCUUUUAGUAAAACUCUGGAGCGUUAUUGGCAGUGGGUUUUGAGUUUGUGAGCGAUGUGCAUGAUCACUUCAGCGAGGCCUCCUCAGUGUGUAACACAUGCAUUAGGCUUUGUCCAAAAGAUGUAAAAUAAAUCAAUAUUCAUAAUAU